AUGGCUGACCAACUCAACAUGUCUGGCCUGAACAUUCAGGACCAGCAGAACCAACCCCGCUCCUACAUCCCUCCCCACAUGCGUAAGAUGAAUGGUGGUCCUCCCCCUCCGGCGCCGGCGGCGGCGGCGGCGGCGGCAAUCAACGGCGGCGGCGGUGGUAUCAACAACAGCGCCUGGGCUGGCAGAGGCCAGCAGAAUUUCGAUGCCCGUGCGCCUGCCGGCGGUGACUGGCCCGCCAUGGGCGGUCCUGGCGGCCCUGGAGCAGUCCUUCCACCCCGUGGUGGUCGUGGUGGCUGGCAAGAAGGCGGUGGCCGCGGCGGUGGAUACAGCGGCGGCUACAGCGGUAACGCUGGUGGUGGUGGUGGCCAGCAGGCUCGUGGCUCCGGCGACGGCCAGUGGCGCGACGGCAAGCACAUUCCCGGCCCUGCCAACCCCCGUGUCGAGCGCGAGCUCUUCGGCACUGGUGUCGACGACGCAUCCAAGCAGCAGACCGGUAUCAACUUUGAGAAGUACGACGACAUCCCCGUCGAGGCUUCUGGACACGACGUCCCUGAGCCCGUCCUCACCUUCUCCAACCCCCCUCUCGACAACCACCUCAUCGGCAACAUCGAGAUGGCUCGCUACAAGGUUCCCACCCCCGUCCAGAAGUACUCGAUCCCUAUCGUUAUGGGCGGUCGCGAUCUUAUGGCUUGUGCUCAGACUGGUUCCGGAAAGACUGGUGGUUUCCUUUUCCCCAUUCUGUCCCAGGCCUUCAUCAACGGUCCUUCUACGGUCCCUCCCAACGCCGCCGGUGGUUUCGGCCGUCAGCGCAAGGCUUACCCCACAUCUCUGAUUCUGGCUCCCACUCGUGAGCUGGUUUCCCAGAUCUACGAAGAGUCCCGCAAGUUCGCGUACCGCUCCUGGGUCCGCCCUUGUGUCGUCUACGGUGGUGCCGACAUCGGCUCCCAGCUUCGUCAGAUCGAGCGCGGCUGCGACUUGCUCGUUGCCACCCCCGGACGUCUUGUCGAUCUUAUCGAGCGUGGCCGCAUCUCCCUCCAGAACAUCAAGUACCUUGUGCUCGAUGAGGCUGACCGCAUGCUUGACAUGGGUUUCGAGCCCCAAAUUCGCCGUAUCGUCGAGGGCGAGGACAUGCCCAAUGUUCAGAACCGCCAGACUCUCAUGUUCUCCGCCACCUUCCCCCGCGACAUCCAGAUGCUCGCUCGCGACUUCUUGAAGGACUACAUUUUCCUGUCCGUUGGUCGUGUUGGUUCCACCUCUGAGAACAUUACCCAGAAGGUCGAGUACGUCGAGGACGUCGACAAGCGCUCUGUUCUCUUGGAUAUUCUCCACACCCACGGUGCCGGUCUCACCCUCAUUUUCGUCGAGACCAAGCGCAUGGCCGACUCUCUGUCCGACUUCUUGAUCAACCAAAACUUCCCCGCCACCUCUAUUCACGGUGACCGCACUCAGCGUGAGCGUGAGCGCGCUUUGGAGUUCUUCCGCAACGGUCGCUGCCCCAUUCUGGUUGCCACCGCUGUUGCCGCUCGUGGUCUCGAUAUCCCCAACGUUACCCAUGUCGUCAACUACGACCUGCCCACCGACAUUGACGACUACGUCCACCGUAUUGGUCGUACUGGUCGUGCCGGAAACACCGGUCACUCCACUGCCUUUUUCAACCGGGGUAACCGUGGUGUCGUUCGCGAGCUUCUUGAGCUUCUUAAGGAGGCCAACCAGGAGGUUCCCAGCUUUUUGGAGACCAUUGCCCGUGAGUCUUCCUACGGCGGCGGUCGUGGCGGCCGUCCUCGCGGCGGUGGCCGUGGACAGGGUGCCAACCGUGACUUCCGCAAGUUCGGAGGUGGCGGCGGCGGCGGCGGCGGCGGCGGCGGCGGCUUCGGAGGCGCUCCUGGCGGUGGCUUCAGCGGCGGUGGUGCUGCGAGUUUUCGAUUUGUCAUUUUUCUUUUGGUUUGCGCGCAUGGGUCGACAUGGUACGCAUUCAUCAUCACGCUUUUUCUGCAUUUCGACUUCUUCGACACGGCGACAUGA